GCAGGAUUUUGAUGUUCAUCGUCUGGACCGACAUAGAUAUCAUUCAGAGUUUCAGACGGCGUCGAUAUUGGUCGUACAGGCGUUCAGAACUUCAGAUAACGGUGCUCGCACGCAAGGCCUUUAUCGCGGUCACGUGUGGUGUGUCGCAAUACACCCUUCUACUCGCGUUUGGUUCGCGUGAACGAUCCUCUGACUCCCUCGGAAUUCAUUUUGUAUAAAUUAUGGAGGGCGUUCCCGGUGAAACACAGUGUCGUCUGCAUAAUGGCUCCCGUCGCAACAGCUGAGAACGUCGCCUCCACCAACGGUCCCUCGAACGGUUCUGAGGCUCAUCCCCUCAAGGCCGUCUCGACGAAGGUCUUCAACCCUUUCUACUCUCCCUCGGCUGGCGACUUCGAUGACAGCGAAGGUGACGCUGCGUACGAGUUCGCGAAGUACAAGCCUUACUUCCCUGAUGUGAAGUGGGCUCCUCUUAAGGAGCAGCCCAUCAUUGAGCGCGCCCUCCUCGCUGAUCCGGAGAAGAAGAGCCUCCUCUCCGCCGCUACGAAGAUCCAACACUUGACGCCUGCCCUUGGUACUGAGAUCUCCGGCAUAGAUCUCCGGCAGCUGACGGACCAGCAGAAGGACGAGCUGGCUCUCCUUAUUGCUGAACGGGGAGUUGUCUUCCUUCGGGACCAGGAACUCACUAUCCAGGAACAGCUGGACCUGGCGCGCCAUUACGGCCCUCUCCACAAGCAUGCGAGCACUCCUGUGCCCAGAGAACCUGGUCUCGAGGAGGUGCACGUUGUGUACAACGAUGCUUCCCGCCGCCCCGACCCGACGGCGUUCAGCAAGCUCGAGCUCUGGCACUCAGACGUCUCCUAUGAGAUCCAGCCCCCCAGCAUCACCUCGCUCAAGGUCAUCGCGGGUCCUCCGUACGGUGGCGACACACUCUGGACCUCCGGCUACGCACUCUACUCCUCGUUCAGCCCGGGCUUCCAGAAGUACCUCGAGGGGCUGUACGCCGUGCACAGUUCCCAAGCGCAAGCGGACGGCUCGCGUGCCGCAGGCCACCCUCUUCGUCGCGAGCCUAUUGACACCGUCCACCCUAUAGUCCGAGUCAACCCCGCAACGGGCUGGAAGGCCAUCUACGUGAACCCCGGCUUCACCCGUCGCAUCGUAGGCUUGCCAAAGGCAGAGAGCGACGCCAUCCUGACGCUCCUCUUCCGCCAACUUGGCGAGAACGUCGACUUCCAGGUCCGCUUCCACUGGGAGCCCAACUCCAUCGCGAUCUGGGACAACAGAGCCGUCACGCACUCUGCCACAUUCGACUUCUGGCCUCACACCCGGCACGCGCUGCGCGCGACACCGCACGGCGAGCGACCGAUAUCUGUCGAGGAUUACGAGCGCCAGGGCAAGGUGGCGAAGGACAGGCAGAUCGACCUCUGGACGCAGCAGGGCAUCCCGCUGCCGGCAAUCGCGGACGCCAGCGUGAAGCCGCGCGGGUACAGCGACUGAGGGAGGCGGCUAGCGUCGAACUAGUGUUAGCGAAAAAAAUGAAUAUAACAUGUGUACUUGAGCAGGAGGGGACUUGCGGCC